AUGCGACAGGCAUGGUGUAAUCGGAGCGCAAGACACGAGGUGACUUUGCGUAUUGCCGUGUUUUCGCCGAGCGUGAUACCUCUCGCAAACGACCAGGGGAAUGUGCCGCUCCAGGGCGCAGAACGCAAUACAGGAUAUGCGACUUGGGGGGGAAUCUCGCGAGCUGAAACCACUACGGUAGACCGACGGUACGAAACAUGGGGGGAGCUUCCGUCGCAGGACCGGUAUCAGAUGACUUCACAGAACCGGUACAUGAGUGCAGGACCAAAUCCUACGGAAGAUCUGACACGGGGACUAGCCGGACAGAUACCAGGACAGUUACAUGCGUUGAAUCAGCAUCAGCAGGACUCUAGUGUGAUAGAUGACUUGACUAUGGAACUGAAUCGGUAUUUGACGAACAAUCCAGGAGCAUCGAGUAUUAUGGAUUUGGUGUGGGAAUAUCACACGGGAGAGGGCCCGGUGGACCAGGGGUAUGAAGAACUGGGACCGACUGCGGUGGGGCAAUCGGCGCAGGUACAGGGUCAAGGAGGUGGCGGGCAGUUGUCUACAGAAGUAUUGGCCCUGCAGUCAGAAGUGCAGUCACAGCAGGAGGAGGAAGCAUUCGAUGUAAUGGGUCACCAUAACGUGGAAUUGGACGGGUGGUUGAUAAAUGAUCAGAAUCCGGGGGCUUCCGGUGCGUUAGAUCAGGACUGGGACCGGUAUCUGAUGGACCACACCGAAGCAGGAACAGAUUCCACGGUGGACCAGCGCUGCGAAAGACCGGAACCGGUUCUGGCCGGACAACCGGCGGAAUCACCCGGCCAAACUGUCGCCGGGCAGCCUUGUGUCGGAGAGGAUGCAGUCUACCGGCGUGAUGUCCUGCAGGGGCUGACCGCACGCGUUUUGAGUGACUGUCUAGCACAAGAGGAAACUCCUCUGCAAUCGUUUUCUGAAACCGAGGCAAACGAGUUACAAAAAUACGUGAUCCACUGCUUCAGAGGGGCACCGAGGAAGCAGAAUGUGAACAUUUCGUUCGAGACCUGUGCGUGGCGGGCACUCAAUCUGGCGCUCUUUUUACGAGAGAGACUCUCCAAGCAAUCGUUCGUUGACUCCAAAACUCGGCCGCUCGGUCGCCCACAGGCGGCGAGAAGCCAGUUUGGCGCGUUGGUCGAUGUGGCACAGCUAAUGGUAAGGAGGCCCCCUGGCGUCGGCGACGCCUGGUUCCUCGCGUGCACGAUGCACGCACUUAAAGUAUCGGACCCCCGCAACUUGGAGUUGUUAAAGACGCUGCCUGCCUGGAGUUCUAAUGCAUUGCUAUACAGAGACACCAUUCCGGACGAGUUGCCACGACUGCCGCAAGGCAAGGAGGCAAUGGAGUUGGUAACAACCGCUUCGAAACUCCAGUUCUGGUUGCACCAAGCGGCUGCGGCGUUCCGGUCUGGGGAGCCGGCCGCAGUAAACCCGCUUCAUCGAGCGUCUUUAGUUUCGUCUCUACGCGGCAGGCUGGGGCCGAAGAGGUUCGACGAAGAGAUCGAGACUUGGAUGGUUCGCAAUCCGCCUCCCUCGGGGCUCAAGUUAACGGCCUCUCAGCGCGCGUGUUGGCUGCUGAGCUGGGUGCCAAAUAUGGUGCCCGGAAGGCCGAGAAGGGAACAGGGCGGGCCGGCGCUUCCGUCACGCCGCUCCGAAUUGACUUCAAACUGGGACGCGGCCGCCGACGCCGCGUUGAGGUCUUUCGUGGGGACUGUGAUACAGGAAUGCGUCGAAGCAGAGCAGAAGGCGGCGGAGCGGUACGGAAAGGAGUGGAUGGAUCGGGAAGGGAUCAUGUCGGAGGAAGGGAAGUGCGAGGUAGCCAAGUUCGCAGCGAGGUGGAUGAGGGGGGUGACGAUGGACAAGCUGAAAGCAUGUCACCUGAGAAAAACACUCGGCUUCCGCCACUGUGGUUGGCGAUGGCUGCAUCUGGCUGGAGUCAUUAAAGACCAGUUGGGCCCCUCUGAGGUUGACGGCUUAUUGGCCGUGGUAGAGCGAGGGGUCCCGCGCCCAGAGCACGUCUCACCGCUCUGGUUUCUCGCGAGUGUUCUGCGCUUGCCUGGCGCCGGUCAGGUCCUGGACUAUCACAUCAAGAAGCGGCUCGGUCCCGGUGACAACGGCUGGACAUCCCCCGUCACCCUGCACUGCGACAUCUUCCCGCACGACUUCGGCCCACUGCCCGAAUCGCAAGCCCACCGACAACGACUGAUCAUGGUUUGCUGGACCGCACACUGGCUCAAGAAGGGGUCCCAACACUUCGGACAGUCCCGUCGAGGGCAUAGCGUCCCCAGAUGCAGGCUGUGGCAGUCCUCGGUCUUCAGCUCCGUUGCCCACUUCAGUCGCCAACUACUCGGGGACGACACGUUCGGCAAGCUCAUUGCGCUGUUCAGAGCGCGACUCCCCCCGGCUGCCAACAUCUCCGACACCGCCUUAAUGGACUGCGUGCUUAAGCACGCCGACCUCAAACACCGACGAGCCAACGAGUUCUGCAAACAGUUCCAGCUUCCGCCCACUCAACCGCCCCAGAAGCGGCACCUUCCCACAACGCCCGACCGGGGACCUACAACCAAAAUGGCUAUGAAAACUCCCCUUGACGAACUUCUCUUGACGAACUCCCCUUAG